AUGGCUUCUUCGCAGAUACGACAAUUUGCUAGCCUAAUUGAUCAGUUACCUUGUGACGCCGAAGACUUUAAUUUAAUUGAAAAUUUUGAAGCAUAUAAUAAAUGCUUUGGGAAAUCUAUAGACUAUGAUAAUAGUAAAGAUUCAGAUUGCUUAUUUUCAUAUAAUUCUUCUAAUAUUUCUGAUUAUUUAAAUAACUUAUCUAAUUGUCAAUUUGAAUAUAAACGUAUGCAAAACACAAAAGAAAAAAAAAAUUCUAAUCAUUCAAUAAAUGACCAAGGAAAUCCUAUGUUAUUAGAAAGACCACAUAUAAAUAAAAACAACCAACAUGAUGAUUAUGAUAAAAAUAUGAGUUUGUCCGAUUUAAUAAAUGUGCAGUCUAAUUCAUGUACUAAUAAUGAUGAUCUAUAUAGAAAUGUUAGUACAAAAUUAUCCUUUAAUUCAAAAUAUGCAAAUGAUAAUAAUGAUAUUAAUAAUAAUUAUAAUAAUUCCUUAUUUAUUCAAGCCAAUGAUUUAACAGAUCAACAAAAAAAUAAUUUAAUAGAAAAAUUAAAAAGUCCAAUUAUACUAACAAAUAAAAAAAGUAUAAACAAAAAUUCUAAAAAUAAAAAAAAAACAUUACUAAAAAAUAAUAACUCUUAUAAUAAUAAUAAUAAUAAUAAUGAGGAAAAUGAUUUUUUAGCAAACGAUCAAAUUAUCAAUAACAAUAAACAAAAUGAUACUUAUUCACAACAUAACAUGAAGCAUCCUUUUAAUGAUAAUUCAGUUCCAUGUUAUGAAUAUAAUAUCUUACAAGGAUUAAAUAAACCUAUCUUUAAUUCAAAUUGUGAAAAUCAUAUGAAUAAUGUUUAUACAAAUGGACAAAAAACAAAUAGUUCCAAUCAAAUAUUUCAUAGUUAUAAUAAUAUGACUUGUUCAGGUGAGUCAAAUAAUGAAAAAAGUGUCAACGGAUUAAUGAUCAAUAACAAAUUAGGAAAUAAACUAGAAACAUUAAAAUUCCCUGGUGUACAAAAUUUAUCUAACCUUUUUAUGUCUAAUAAAAAAGAAAUGAAUUCAUAUAAUGAUGUAACACAAAAUGUACAAACGAAUUCGAAAAGAAAUGAACUAUUUGAUUUUAACGAUAUGGUUGAAAGAAACCAUGAAUUGAGUAAACAUAUUUUACUAUCUAAAAAAGCUAAAGUAAUAAAACUGGAAUCUAAUAAAUCAUUAAUAAUUUUCCCAGUAAAUAUUCAUGAAUAUGGAAAUAAAUAUAUUGCAGUUAAUCAAGAAGAUCUUUUAGAAUAUAUAUCUUCUUCUCUCGAAUUAGAAAAUGAGGAUAUUUGUUCAUUGAAAAUACGAAUACAUCAGAAAGAAAAAGAAUUACAAAAUGUAAAAGCUGCUUAUAGUAUGCAAACUACUAAUAUACAUUAUUUAAUUAAUAGAGUUAUAUUUAAAGAAUGUGAAUAUGAAAAUUUGGUGAACAAAAAUGUUACCUUAGAAAAUGAAAUUAAGAAAUUAAUUAAUGAAAUGAAUUAUCUUAUUAGUCAAGAUAAAGAUGGUUUAUUUAUGCAAAAAGUUUUUAUUGAUUAUAAAUCUAAAUGUGUUUUAAAAUUACAAGAAUUGCAACCCUUCUUAGGUUCUUAUUAUCAAGAUAUCUUUAAUUAUAUAACUUCGUGUAGAACAUUAGGACAAUUAAGUAUAUGGUUACCUGCAUUCGAAAUAAUAGAUUCUUCUUUAGAAUCUAUAGCUAAUCAUCUAAUCAAAAUAUUAUUGAAUGGUUUAGGUACUCCUUUUAAUAUUUGCUCUGAAUAUUUUUUAUCUAAUCAGAAUUAUAAUAAGAACAAUAAUAUAUCAUUAGAAACAGAAGAAGAUUUCUCUAAAAAAAAUUUAGAAAAAAAAAAAAUUAUUGAAAAUUACCUAAUUACUAAUAUGAAUAGCAUUAAUACAAAUAAGGAAAAUAACUACCAUUUAUCAAAUUGUCAAUCUUUAUCAUUAAAUAGUGAAACUUCUUCAUUUAUGGAAGCAGAAGAAUUAUUUUUUAAUUCAUCUAAAUAUCCAUCUAUGCAUUCAGUUAUUUUAAGAAAUACAAAAGAUCAAAAAAAGAAAGAAAAAAUUAUGAAUCAACUAAAUAGAUCUAAUACAACUCCUGAAAACUUAUAUACAAACAAUCAAUUAUUUACUUAUAGUGAUAAAAUAAUAAAUGAAGAUAAAACAGAAUUUACAAAUUCACAAGAUUUUAUUAACAAUUUAAUAGAGGAACAACAUUUCCAAAAAAAAAUAAAUGAAAAUAAUAAUAUGAUAAAAACAAAACAAACUACCACAUAUGAUAGUAAUAAUAAUAUUAAUAGUAAUAGUAAUACACAAAAAAAGGGAAAUAAAAAAAUAAGACUUAAUGAAAAAAUAAAGAAAAACAAUAAUGGAAAUUAUAAUAACAACAUGACGAUUAAAACUAAUGAUGAAAAUAAUACAUUUAUGAAAACUUACCAAUGCUUGGAAGGUUCCAAAAUAAAUGAAAUACUCAGAGCAAACGAAACUUUAAUAGAAAAUGAAAUAGAAACCAAUAUUUAUAAAGAGAAAAGAGGGGAUAAAAUAGACGUAAGUCAUUUUAUAAAUGAAAACGAAAAUCAAAUCGAUGUAAGUCAUUUUAUAAAUGUAAAGGAUCAUAAAUUACAUUUACAGGAUGAUAUAAAUAUAAAAAGUAUAAAUAACCAAUUUGAUCAAAUAUCUAAUAAAGCAACUGAACACGAGGAAAAGAAAAAUAUAACAUCUAAAGAAAACCGUCUUAAUAAAAAUAAACAAAAUGAUAUAUCAAAUCCUGUUCAUGAAAAAUUAGAUGAAACAGAAUAUUUUCAUAAAAGGAAGAGUAAAGAUAUAUAUAAUAUAAUUAAUCAAUAUGAUACUGAAAAAAGUAUAUCCAGAGGUUGCAGCUUAAAAGGAAGUAUGGAAAAUAUUUUCGAUAAAAAUAUUCUUACCGAAUAUGAAAAAACAGCUAGUCAGAAUGAUAUUGAACAAAUAGAAUUCCUAAGGAAUAAAAGCUUAGAAGAUGAAACAUUAGAAAAAGGAAAAAUGUUUGAUGAACACUUCAUAAUGUUAAAAAAAGAUGAAAAGAUAUAUAAAAACAAAAAUAAAUCAGAUCAGGAAUUAUUUUCCUUAAAAAAUAAAGCUUUUGAAGAAAAGCAAAAACAAAAUGAAUAUUCAACUGAUAUUAAUAAAAAUAAAAAUAAAGAAUUAAACGAAGAGGAAAAGAAUAAAAAAUAA